GCGAUAUGCAGAAUGUGUCAUGUUUACAAUUUACAUUUCACUUGUCACAGGUUCAGCAAACACCAUGAUGUUGUGGAGAAAGAACUGACCAUUCAUCAUGUGUGGUGUGGACUUCAAUCUUGAUACAUUCAUGUUGGCUAAUUCAAACACAUAAGGGUGUAUAAAAGCGGAGUUGGCAGAUAUACUAACAACAAAGCAGCGGGAGGCACUCAAUACUGUGAAAGAGGGACACAGUCUGUAUAUAGGUGGACCUGCAGGAACGGGAAAGUCAUUCCUCCUAAAUAAAAUAGUAACUUCCUUACGAUCAGCUGGCAAAUGUGUUCAUCUGACAUGUACCACUGGCAUUGCCUGCACCAACUUUCCUCCUGCACUAGGUGCUAUGACAAUACAUCGCUGGUCAGGGAUUCAAGAUGGGCGGUAUUCAUCAAAGGAGGUAGUUUCUCUCAUAAAAAACAAUGAGAAAUUUAAAGAUGCCUUACAAAGGAUACAGCUCACAGACACACUCAUUAUAGACGAAGUAUCUAUGCUUAGUGAAAGAUUGUUUGAUCAAUUGGGAGAAAUUUGUAGUUUGAGGGAUCCAUCAAAACUGUUUGGUGGUAUACAGUUGAUUUUGUGUGGGGAUUUUGUACAAUUACCCCCUGUCCCGAAUGCACUUUAUAAUGAUGAUGGAAAGUACUGUUUUCAAAGUACAUUAUUUCAACAGACAAUUCCCCAUCGAAUCUAUUUAAAUGAAAUAGUAAGGCAAAGUGAGGUUCCUCUAAUUUGUGCCAUACGCGAAGUUUCAUGUGGAGAGGUAUCUGAUGCUACAAAACAGUUCAUGAACACUUUGCAGCGACCUCUAUCAUCAGACAAGCCUUCAGUUAAACUAUUUGCCACUAAUUACCUGGUGGACAAUUAUAACAGAAAAUGUGUAGUGGAGGCAAGGGGUGAAAUGGGAGAGUAUUGUGCAGAAGACACUGGUCAGGAAAGAUACUUGUCUCGGCUGUUAGCACCAAAAGUUCUCUGGUUGAAAGUGGGCUCCCCAGUGAUUCUUUUGCGGAAUCUCACCAACAAAUUGUGCAAUGGACUCUCUGGAACGAUUGUAAGUCUAGAAACAGAUGGACCGGUGGUCAACUUCCCAACAGUAAAUGAAACCAUGAAGAUCCCUAAGAUGACAUUCACAGUUUUCAGUCCACAACACCAGUCCAAUCUUGCUGAACGGUUUCAGGUUCCACUCAAGCUUGCAUAUGCGUUAAGCAUACAUAAAUCUCAGGGCAUGACUCUUGAUAGCGUAGAAGUUGACUGCCAGCAAAUGUUCAAGCCGGGCCAGUUAGGCGUAGCCAUGGGACGUGUGAGGACCACAGCCGGUCUGAGGGUGAUCAACUUCAAAGAACAAGGGUGCUUACCUCAGCCGGAGUGUAUCAACACUUUUGUGCUGGAACCCUCUAUGCCCAGAGAAGACAGCUUAACUUGUUGCAAGGUUGAGAGAUUGGAUGAAUCCACCAUUGAACAGCUCUUCAACAUUCAGGACAUGAUGUGGAUUGAGGCAGAUCCUGAGACAUCUGAACUCCAGCAUGUUUUGGAUGGGACCGUUGAAGAGGAGGAGUUUGACGAUGACUUUAACAAGAUCAUUGCAUCAACAGUAUUCGUCAACUCCGACGAAAUGGUGGAUUUUGUUUUACCUCCGGGAUUUGAUGUCGUCAGUGUUUUACGUAGUAUGAAGACUGACAAUGUCUUAACGCCUUUGAUGAAAGAGGUCAAUGAUUUGGUUUCGACCUUGCUCAGCAGCAAUCUCCAGGCAGCACAAGAAUUUUCAAAGAAGGAGUUCUUGGCUCUCUUAGCCAUACUGGAUGAUCUAAACAUUGCAGAACCUGUCGCUGUUAAAACAGAACACUUGUCAGACUUUUACAGAAAAAGCCAUCUCCACCAAACAUCUGAUGAGUAUAAACUUAACUGCAUGAUGUUGUUCCAUGACAUGUCACAGUAUCCAGAUGCCCACGGAUACAUCAGCUUUAACAUCACCACUGCCAUCCGAAAAUUCCUUCUGCAGGAAAAAGUGGACCUAUUUCCUGUAUGUGAUAGGACCACAUCAACAAGAACAAUAACCAGUGGAUGUCGUGCUAGGGUACGGUACGUGGGGGGUUAUUGUGUUAGCAAAGUGAGAUACAAGUACAUAAAACAACGCAACAGUACUUGUUAUCAAACAUCCAUUGCAGCACAAGAACGCUACGAGGAGGCAAACAGUGUGGUCCAGUGUCUAGACAAGUUGAGGGAGAAUGAGUCGUUCCUGGAAAAACAUUCUGACUUGCCCGAAACGUUAUUGGAUGUCACAAGGAGGCAAAACAUUUCAAGAGGGCUGACACAUAUACCAGAUACCUUGUACAGUUUUUUCAUGCUUCUUUGUGAAAAGUGUCUUUCAACCCUCACCGACAUCAAUGUACAUACAUAUGGAGACCAACUUUACAAUCACUGUCUCAGUGUUCUUACAGACACUGAAGACAGCCGUGUUCUUCAUGAACAGUUUGUAAAGGUGCUUGUACAGAGAACGAACGUUGACGAUUUCUCUGCUACUGUUGAGGACGACAUACGACAUGCCACAGGAAAUGUUUUACAUGAAAUAGUUUUGAGAGUCCAUGCAAUUGAUACGUUAUUCAUGGAAAUCCUCAAAAAGUUUUUGAUGGUUAUGUUAAACCAAUUCAGGAAAGAUUUACUUCAGGCGUUGUCUGUGGAAAAGACCAUGGCCCACAGAAAGCAAAUUCUCGUAAAGAAAAAAUAAAGGAUCUG